AUAUUGUUCUGUCUCAAUCUCAAUCAAGAACUUCCUCAGAAAAACUAUAUAGUAUGUUGUAAUCAACCUAUCUACUAUACAUCAUCUAUCCUGCAAAAUUACAGUUCCCUAUAUGUAGUGUGACUAUACAUAAUUUCUUCAUCAUUUUCUGGGUGUUUUCUCAUCAACCUUCUUCAGUUUCUCAGUUUAGCUAGCUAUAGUGGGUGCAAGUUAUAAAGGUUGGUUUUUGUUGAAAAAAGCGUUACUUUAUGACAGGUCUAAUUUGUGAAAAGUAGAGGAGAGAUUUAACAGGAGAGUAUGUAUAAAUCAAGGAGCAAGUUAAAGAACUUUGUGAUUUUUGGUGAUUUUGCUUGUCUGCUUUUACCAUGAAAUGACUUGGAUGGGCUUUCUUUUAUUUGUCCCCGGCCCUUAAUUAUUUUGCAGGUUUUGCAAAGAAUACUACUACUACAUGCCGUUUUGAAAUUAUCUCAAGUACCCAUUUCUUGAUUUUUCAUCAAUGGCUGAAAAGGACCCUGCAGAUUUUCUUUCUCACAAUGUCCCUUCUGCUUCUCAGGUUGAGGAGGAAUUGAAGGAACUAUGGGGAAUGGCUUUGCCCAUAACAACAAUGAACUGCCUAGUGUAUUUCAGGCAAAUGGUUUCCGUGCUGUUUCUAGGGAGGCUCGGCAGCCUAGAGCUAGCGGGCGGGGCUCUCGCCAUUGGCUUCACAAACAUCACUGGCUAUUCUGUCCUAAACGGUUUGGCUUCAGGGCUAGAGCCAGUGUGCAGCCAAACCCAUGGAAGCCAAGCAGAGUGUGGGAGCAAGAAAUGGGAAUCCCUCUCCCUUUCGCUCCGCCGAAUGAUCUUCAUACUUUUGUUAGCCACGAUCCCCAUAGCUUUUCUUUGGGUGAAUCUUGAGCCAAUUAUGGUGUUCAUGGGCCAAGACAAGGAGAUCACAUCAAUGGCGGCUACUUACUGCCUUUAUUCUCUCCCAGACCUUUUAACAAACACCUUGUUGCAGCCGUUGAGGGUUUAUUUGAGGUCCCAGGGGGUGACUAGGCCGCAAAUGUGGUGCACUUUUGUGGCUGUGGUUUUUCACGUGCCGUUGAAUUUUGUGCUUGUGGUGGUUUUGGGGAAGGGCGUGGCAGGGGUGGCUUUGGCCUCGGUGAUAACUAAUUUGCACAUGACGGUUUUGAUGGUGGGGUAUGUGUGUGUUUAUGGGAGGUGGGAGUGGAAGUGGGGGGUGGGGGGGAGUAGAGGGGAUGAUGGUUUUUGCGGCGGGGGGAUGUGGGCGUUGUUGAGGUUGUCGGUGCAGAGCUGUAUUGGGAUUUGUUUGGAGUGGUGGUGGUACGAGAUUGUCACGGUUCUUGCCGGUUACUUGCCUAAUGCAAGGCUAGCUGUGGCCGCCACUGGGAUUCUCAUACAAACCACUAGCUUUAUGUAUAAUAUCCCUUUGGCUUUGGCUGGUUGUGUCUCUGCUCGGGUGGGGAAUGAACUAGGAGCUGGAAGACCAUACAAAGCCAAGCUAGCUGCAAUGGUUGCAUUGGCAUGUGCAUUUGUGUUUGGGUUCAUCAAUGUUUUAUGGACAGUGGUGUUCAGGCACAGAUGGGCAGGGCUUUUCACAAAAGAAGAGUCGCUUAAGGCGGUGGUGGCGUCAGUUCUGCCGAUUAUUGGCGUGUGUGAGCUUGGAAAUUGUCCACAAACCACGGGCUGUGGCAUACUUCGAGGCACGGCCAGGCCAGAGGUGGGGGCGCGCAUAAACCUCGUCUCGUUUUAUUUCGUGGGCACACCCGUGGCUGUUGGUUUGGCAUUCUGGCUCAAGGCUGGGUUCAGUGGGCUGUGGUUCGGGCUCUUGUCCGCGCAGGCGGUCUGCGCUGUUUCGGUUUUGUAUGUCACGCUUUGCCGGACGGAUUGGGAGGCGGAGGCGUCCCGGGCUAAGAACCUCACGAGCUUGCAGAUGAUGAGGCAGAGAGUUGAGGUCAGUGGUGGUGAUGAUGGAGAGGAACAAAGGUUUUUGGGCAAUGAGGGACAGGCUUGAGAAAUAGGGAGUACUAUAAUGUUUAGUGGAAAGAGCCCAUUUCUAUUGUUUAGAUGGUCUUAUUGGGGCAUGUUUUAUGCAACUUGUGUUUUUCUUUGUAAAGGUAGAGAAGGAAUGUCUUGUUGGCCCAUGCAUAUGUUUUAGGAUCUUAUUUUUUAUUUUGCACUUCUCUAUCUAAAAGCAAACUAUUAAACUA